AUGAAAUGCACAUUUAAAGGUAAAAUUGAGCGAUAUUCUCAAGCUUUACACUCCAAGACGUGGGAACUGUUUGACAAGGUUUCAGGGAAUGAAUAUGUCUGGGGAAAUAUUGUGAGAAGGGCAAAGUAUUGAAGAGAAUGGGAUGUAAAGGUGGGGAACUCAGCUGCACAAAAGUUAUUAAAAGUAGGGAAAAAUCCUUUCGAUCUUCUGCAUUUAGGGAUCUAUGGCGUUAAAACGGGGCAGGCGAAAUACCUGGAGAAAAUGCAAAAUGAAUGAAAGACAGUAGGCCCAAUGAUCGGGAUAGAUGAAAUGGUAGCCUUGGAAAAAGUCUUAAUGCAAGAAGAAGGACAAGAAAACAGAAAUAUUAUUAGAGCCCAGUAUAAGCCUGAAUGAAAAGCACUAAACUAUAUCAAAUAUCUGAAUCAUCCAGAUGUCUCGAAUAUUGAGAUCUCUGAGAACAGCAGAGAAAUCGCAAUAGAAAUUGAAGGGAGAUGAAUAGUCCUUGUAGGCUGUACAGCAGACGAAAUGCCUUUAAAUCCUAUUCUCAAUCUAAUCAAUAGGUACAGAAUCCAGGCUAUAUCUGUCCCCUUGCCCCACCCAGAAACUCUGAUUUCUUCUGAAGAGGCUAGGCUUUAUAUUAACAAGUUAGUUGAGGACAGGUCAAGCUACAGAGAAGAGCCAGGAGUUCAAAUGAUAGCAAAAAAUCAAUUUGGGCUGAAAAUGAACGAUAUUUAUUCCACAAUGGUUCUUAGAUCUUGCUCAAUGAAGCAGAAAAUAUUACUAUCUGCUCCAUCAAACGAAACCUUGAUGACUUGGGCGACACAAAUCCCUGAUAUCAAACAGUAUUUUGAUGAAGUCCGAGUUGCCACGUUUUUGGAUUUAUGUGAAGUUCUGGAUUCAGUCGCUGAAAAAGGUUGCAAUUUAUGCACGAAAUCUAAGAAAGUCCCAACUGAAAAGUUUGUUCACUCACUGCUAUCAUCUGAUGAAUUAACUGAGCAGUAUAUGGACUAUAUGGCCUUCAAAAUCCAAAGCUUCACGAAUAAAGAAAACGUUCUUAUUCUUCUACCAAUUUAUUUGCUGCAUACAUUUGCUAAGAAAUUCUUGACCCCAGCUACAAAUCCUUUGAUCUUUCAGCAGAAAGUCAGUGCUGAAGAGCUUGCAAUUGCUUCAUUCUUAUUUAAUGAUGAGUAAAUUUUAUAUAGAGAGCCAGUAGCUUCUAUCUCUCUCCUCAUUAGAGAGUAAGUAAUAUUGAAAAUGCCUUUUUGUCAAAUUAGCCCCUCUGCAUUGACCAAAAAUUUUAUUAUAAAAUAUUUUAAUAUAUAGGUGUUCUUUAAUAUAAUCUAAUUUUAUUUAAUACAAAAUGCUUAAAUUCUCAAAUUUAGAAUUUUUUUAAUUAUGUUAUGUUAAGAUAAAUGUUUAAAGUCUCUACUUCCAGUAGCGUGUUGGCACAAGCGAAUUGGGUGGACUUCCACCUCUGGUACCUCUGAGCCCGGGCCGAAACCCCCGGUUUCUCGGUAGUGGGUUGUCCUAUUUGUGUCCGAAGACCCUUGCUGGGCACCACCAUUUCCAACUCAGUCCCUUCGCCGUCUAAGGCCAACUGUACCUACCCUGGCCGGUGUCGCCACAUUAAAGGGCCCCUUUAAACCGGAGGGACCGCCGUCUUGCAAGUCUAGCCUGCCUCCCCUUUUACCAGGUCAUCCCUGAAUAAAAACUCAACAACUUCCGUUGUUCGGGGCAAAGCCAUCGAAAGCAGCCUGAGCAGGAAAUCACCCUGCUCCAUUUCGGGCACCCACUGGCUAGGGCGCUGCUGGAAAAAGGAUUCACGAUUAACUGCCCAAGGAUCUGGCCACAAAUCAGCUGGUCUGUGCGCUCGCCCAUCGCCUCUGGGCUCCAGAUAUUGCUGGGCUAAAUCAUUCCUCCUAAAAACCAUGCCCGGAUAUACAUGGGUUACCGUCACACGAGAGGACGGGUCGGACGUCAUACGCCAUUUUAUGUAUAUGAAUUUUUUUAAUUAAAUACCAUUAUUAGGCUGCAAAUUUAGAAUUUUUAGACUGAGGAAAAGAUUUUAACAUAAAACCUGUGUGUAUGCAAAAAAAUUUUUUUGGCUUGUGAAGGAGAAGUAAGCAAUUUUCCAAAGAAGAAAUGAAGGAGUUUUUGGACAUCAAAAAGCAGAGUGAAGAAUUACUUCAGCCCUCUAGCUUUGAUUUGUGGCCAAAAGAGAUAAAGAAAGAAAACCAGUGCUUCGCCAUUUAUAGGUUCAUUAAACAAAACACAAAAUAUGGGUAA